GUCCCCAGACCUCUUCAAUUCUCAAUAUAAGCCUUGGCCCUGGGUCGUUUUAUCUCAUUUUGAGGCAAGGAAGAUAUGGGUGGAGCGACAAACAUAACAGUACCAGUUGUGAGCAAGAUCUAUUGCUUUUCCUCUCAGACUACAUUGAUGGUGAGGAGGCGGCCUCGUUUGGUGAAUGGAGGUGGCUUUGUGGUCAUGAACUCUAAUCAGAAUCUGGUUUUCAAGGUUGAUGGUUGUGGGAUCCUCGGCAUCAAGGGGGAGUUGAUUCUAAGGGAUGGAGAUGGAGCUCCAAUACUUUUCAUUCGUAAAAAGGGAGGCGUCGUGCAAGCACUAAGUGCUCACAACCGAUGGAACAGUUACCUAAUGGACUACGAAGAACCAAGCAAGCUAGUCUUUAGCUUGCGAGAGCCGAAGUUACGUCUUCUGACGAAGAACUCUAUAAAGAUCUCCAAUGAUACAGACGGGAAAAACAAGGACUGGAGCUUUGAAGUGAAGGGAUCCUUCAUUAAGAGGGCUUGCACCAUCAAUGAUCGAAGAGGCAACGUUGUUGCCCAGGUGGGUCUCAAGGAAAUGGUGGCAAACAAGGAUUUCUACCAUGUGGUGGUGCAACCAGGCUACGACCAGGCCUUCGUUAUUGGAGUGAUAGCUAUUCUUGACAACAUACAUGGGGAGUCCACCAGGUGUUGAUGGGAAUACGAGGAAGAAUAGUUGAUGCUAUACCUCUUUGUGAUCAAAGAAGGGAGACCAAUGCAAACAGAGUUGGGAGCCAUACAAUAGAAUAGAAGUUGCAUGUGGAAGCUGAACAAGGAAAUGUGUGUGGAUAGCCCUCCUGAGUCCAUGGGAUCGCCCCUCAGUCAUGGAUCAUCACAUUCCAUGGUUAUCAUCAUUAAAUAAAAUUACCGCUGUUUCCUAUAAAUGGUUAGCUAAUACAUGGUAGAUGGACUGAAAAGAAAAAAAAAAGAAACUUGUGUGUAGGUAAUGUUGGAUUAUUUGUUUGUAAGCUGAAGGGGAGAGAGAGUUCUGGUAGCUUCUCUUUUAUUAUGGAAUUGCUUAUACGCAACCCUUUCGUUAA